UGGGGCGGUGCAGCUAUCUCGCUUGUUUCCAUAUUUGCGAAGCUGCAGCUGCUGCUCCUGCGUGUCUGAUCCAACUUGGAGGUACAACCAGAUGAGUCAAUGAAUUUUACCUUGGAUUGUGUUUAUCUGCAUCUGCCGGAUCAUAUUCGGAAGGCUGCUGGACCAGACAAUAUUCCUGGCAGAGUGCUUGGAGGAUGUGCAGACCAACUAGCGGAUGUUCUCAGUGACAUCUUCAACAUCUCCCUGCACAGCGCUGUCGUUCCAAUGUGUUUCAAGGCUGCCACCAUCAUCCCCAUACUGAAGAAGUCUUCAGUGUCCUGCCUCAAUGACUACCAUCCCGUUGCACUCACAUCCAUCAUCAUGAAGUGUUUCGAGAGGCUCGUCAUGAGGCACAUCAAGACUCUGCUGCCCCCCUCACUGGACCCCUUGCAGUUGGCAUACUGUCCCAAUCAUUCAACAGACAAUGCCAUUGCCAUCACCCUCCACCUGGCCCUCACCCUCCUGGACAAGAGAGACACGUAUGUUCGAGUGUUGUUCAUAGACUUCAGUUCAGCAUUCAACACAAUAAUUCCUCAGAAACUGAUUGGAAAGCUGAGCCUACUGGGCCUUAACACCUCCCUCUGCAACUGGAUACUAGACUUCCUGACUAGGAGACCUCAGUUAGUCCAGAUUGGAAGCAGCAUCUCCAACACCAUCACACUGAGCACGUGAGCCCCCCAGGGCUGUGUGCUCAGUCCACUGCUGUUCACUCUUCUAACCCACGACUGUGCUGCAAAACACAGCUCGAACCACAUCAUCAAGUUCGCUGAUGACACAACCGUGGUGGGUCUCAUCAGCAAGAACGACAAAUCAGCAUACAGAGAGGAGGUGCAGCGGCCUACGAACUGGUGCAGAGCCAACAACCUAUCUUUGAAUGUGAACAAAACAAAAGAGAUGGUUGUUGACUUCAGGAGCGCACUGAGUGACCACUCUCUGCUGAACAUCGAUGGCUCCUUGGUAGAGAAUGUUAAGAGCACCAAAUUUCUUGGUGUUCACCUGGUGGAGAAUAUCACCUGGUCUCUCAACAGCUCCAUAGCAAAGAAAGCCCAGCAGCAUCUCUACUAUUUGCAAAGGCUGAGGAAAGUCUAUCUCCCACCCCCCUUUCUCAUCACAUUCUACAGGGGUUGUAUUGAGAGCAUCCUGAGCAGCUGCAUCACUGCCUGGUUCAGAAAUUACACCCUCUAGGAUCGCAAGACCCUGCAGCAGAUAGUGAGGUCAGCUGAGAAGAUCAUCGGGGUCUCUCUUCCACCCAUUACAGACAUUUACACUACACGCUGCAUCCGCAAAGCAAACAGCAUUAUGAAGGACCCCAUGUACCCUCAUACAAUCUCUUCUCCCUCCUGUCAUCUGGGAAAAGGCACCGAAGCAUUCAGGCUCUCAUGAUCAGACUGUGUAACAGUUUCUUCCCCCAUACCAUCAGACUCCUCAAUACCCAGAGUCUGGACUGACACCGACUUACCGCCCUCUACUGUGCCUAUUGCCUUGUUUAUUAUUUAUUGUAAUGCCUGCACUGUUUUGUGCACUUUAUGCAGGCCUCGGUAGGUCUGUAGUCUAGUGUAGUUUUUUCUGUGUUGUUUUUACGUAGUUUAGUGUACUUUUUGUACUGUUUUGUAUAGCACCUUGGUCCUGAAAAACAUUGUCUCGUUUUUACUGUUUGCUGUACCAGCAGUUAUGGUCGAGAUGACAAUAAAAAGUGACUUGACUUGAAAUCCUUAGCAUUUGAAACCAGCCGUGUCAGAAUGCAGAAAAAUACAAUUAACAUUUUGAUCUGCGUUUUGAUGUGGCAAGUACCAUUUAUCUGAGAGAAGUGUCAAGCAAUAAUCAUGUCCAGUUGUUGAGUUCUGUUCAUUUGGACUAUGUAAGU